AUGUCAGUAACCAAUAGUCUCAUAUCCAUUGGUCCAAAGAGCAUAUUGGAUUCGUUGGUGCCAUAUUGGAUAAUCGCAUGUGCAAUAUUCGGAUGUAUGCUGGUGGCUGUCUUCAUCAUCGUCCUUACCAUCAUCCUCUGCAUCAAAUUCGAAAAUGGAGACGAUCCAGAAGUUUCUCCGGCUCAAACAGAAGAAACUGAAGAUUCUGAUGAACAAGAAAAAGAGGAGGUAUCUAAGAAAAGAUCUCGAAAGCCAAAAGAUGACGACGAUGAAAUUGAGGAAAAAAAAAGAAUAAAAGAAAAAGAUAGCAAAGAUAAAAAGAAUAUGAAACAUAACAAUUCUCUCGACAACGAUACAAAACGCCAUGUGGCAGACGGAAGAAGUGAUAUACACGUUGAGGAAUCCAAUAACGCCACCGGCAGAAAUGUGGCAGCACCAGUCGUAGACAAUACGGGAACCUCUCAAAGCAUCCACGGUCUCAGCAACACGUUCCCGCAAAACUUCACAACAAAUCCGCAGCUGUCAAAAGUACAAAUGAUACCAAUGGUAAACUUAUCCAACCAGCAACUGCAUCAGACCACCAACAUCAACCAAUCCAUGACAACAACGAACACUCAACUGAUGAACACAUACGCAGGUCGUGCAAGCAGCACUUACAACCAACAAGCCCCACCAAACAAUUUUUAUUUACAAUCACCAGUGGGACAACCCAACCCAACAAACAACGUCAACAUGGCACAAUCCAUGCCCCAGUUAGCAGGCCAGUCGAAUGUGGGUAUGAUGAAUAACUUUCCGAGCAACAACAAUGCGCAGUAUAUAACCACGAACAGCAUGCCGUAUGCAACGAGUGGCAACAACCUGCAACAACCAACAAACAUGAGACCGUAUCUCGACCAGUUUUCCGAUACUAACAAGCCGAGUUAA